AUCUUAAUAAGAAAAUAUUCAUUGUACAAUCAGUAACCUAAGAUGAAGUUCCUGUCGCUUUUCGUAUUGCUGGCGCUUGUCGUUUGCGCUGCCUGCAAGAAUCACGAGGAAUGGAAAGGAGAACGACCUGGAGAUUUUGAUCGCAGACCUUAUUCCAAUCCCUAUGCCUAAACAUAGAGAAUUUCAAUCAUUAACAUUGUAUGUUAUAAAAACAAGACAAACUAAAUUGUAAAUUUAAUAUCGCAAAAGGGAAAUA